GGAAGAACGCGGCCCUCUGUAAUGGCGGAGCGUGGCGGGGACGGGGGGGACAGUGAGCGAUUCAACCCGGGGGAGCUCAGGAUGGCUCAACAGCAGGCCUUGAGGUUCCGAGGCCCAGCUCCCCCACCAAAUGCAGUGAUGCGAGGCCCACCACCUCUCAUGCGACCUCCUCCACCUUUUGGUAUGAUGCGAGGCCCUCCUCCACCACCUCGGCCCCCAUUUGGACGUCCUCCUUUUGAUCCUAAUAUGCCACCAAUGCCUCCUCCAGGAGGGAUUCCUCCACCUAUGGGCCCUCCACACCUCCAGAGACCACCUUUCAUGCCUCCACCCAUGGGAACCAUGCCUCCUCCACCGGGUAUGAUGUUUCCACCAGGAAUGCCUCCUGUGACUGCUCCUGGUACUCCAGCACUGCCUCCUACUGAGGAGAUAUGGGUUGAAAAUAAAACUCCAGAUGGGAAGGUUUAUUAUUACAAUGCUCGGACACGUGAAUCUGCAUGGACCAAGCCAGAUGGAGUUAAGGUUAUUCAGCAGUCAGAACUGACACCUAUGCUUGCAGCCCAGGCCCAGGUUCAGGCCCAAGCCCAGGCGCAGGCACAGGCACAAGCUCAAGCUCAAGCUCAAGCUCAAGCGCAGGCCCAGGCACAAGCACAGGCACAGGCACAGGCGCAGGCGCAGGCUCAGGCUCAGGCCCAGGCCCAGGCCCAGGCCCAGGCCCAGGCCCAGGCUCAGGCCCAGGCCCAGGCCCAGGCCCAGGCCCAAGCCCAGGCCCAGGCCCAGGUGCAGGCACAAGUGCAAGCACAAGCAGUGGGAGCUUCCACCCCUACGACCAGUAGCCCAGCAUCUGCGGUAUCCACUUCAACGUCAUCAUCAACCCCAUCCUCUACCACUUCUACCACAACAACUGCCUCUUCAGUUUCGCAGACAGUAUCAAAGUUUCCAGUUUUUCUAAUUGAGGAGGCAAGAAUAAUGCAUGUGAAACAAUUAGAGAAUAGCGUGCAAAGUUAUGCAGCGAAAAUAGAAGAUAUAAGAAUUCAAGAAAACGGAGAGACAACACCCACAACACAAGAUCAGACCCCAAGUUCUGCUGUUUCAGUUGCCACGCCUACAGUUAGUGUUUCAACUCCUGCUCCUACAGCCACACCUGUGCAAACCGUUCCUCAGCCACACCCCCAGGCGUUACCUCCUGCCGUUCCUCAUUCAGUACCUCAGCCAGCAGCAGCAAUACCUGCUUUUCCACCAGUAAUGGUACCUCCAUUUCGUGUUCCCCUUCCUGGCAUGCCAAUUCCACUUCCAGGUGUAGCAAUGAUGCAAAUAGUCAGCUGCCCGUAUGUAAAGACAGUCGCUACCACCAAGACCGGUGUAUUGCCAGGAAUGGCCCCUCCUAUUGUACCCAUGAUACACCCCCAGGUUGCUAUUGCAGCUUCACCUGCUACCUUAGCUGGAGCAACAGCAGUUUCUGAGUGGACUGAAUAUAAAACAGCAGAUGGGAAGACAUAUUAUUAUAAUAAUAGAACAUUAGAAUCAACCUGGGAAAAACCCCAAGAGCUAAAGGAAAAAGAAAAAUUAGAGGAGAAGAUUAAAGAGCCAAUUAAAGAACCUUCUGAAGAACCUCUGCCAAUGGAAACGGAGGAGGAGGAUCCUAAAGAAGAGCCAAUAAAGGAGAUAAAAGAGGAGCCCAAAGAAGAGGAGAUGACCGAAGAAGAAAAGGCUGCCCAGAAGGCAAAACCAGUGGCUACUACUCCUAUUCCUGGUACUCCAUGGUGUGUUGUUUGGACUGGUGAUGAGAGGGUCUUCUUUUAUAAUCCUACCACCCGUCUUUCUAUGUGGGACCGACCUGAUGAUCUGAUUGGAAGGGCGGAUGUUGACAAAAUUAUUCAGGAGCCCCCUCAUAAAAAAGGAAUGGAAGAAGUGAAGAAACUAAGGCACCCAACCCCGACAAUGCUGUCCAUCCAAAAGUGGCAGUUCUCUAUGAGCGCAAUUAAAGAAGAACAAGAAUUAAUGGAAGAAAUGAAUGAAGAUGAACCUGUUAAAGCCAAAAAACGGAAGAGAAUGUCAAAGAAGUCCUUUAUGUGGAUUGCCCGAGCUUCUCUAUUUAGGAGAGACGAUAAUAAAGACAUUGAUUCAGAGAAAGAAGCUGCCAUGGAAGCUGAAAUUAAAGCUGCCCGAGAAAGGGCCAUUGUCCCUCUGGAGGCCCGAAUGAAGCAGUUCAAGGACAUGCUGCUAGAGAGAGGGGUGUCUGCUUUUUCAACAUGGGAGAAGGAGUUACACAAGAUAGUUUUUGAUCCUCGGUACUUACUGCUUAAUCCAAAAGAGAGAAAACAGGUAUUUGAUCAGUAUGUAAAGACCAGGGCAGAGGAAGAACGCAGGGAAAAGAAAAACAAAAUAAUGCAAGCCAAGGAAGAUUUCAAAAAAAUGAUGGAAGAAGCAAAAUUUAAUCCAAGAGCUACUUUUAGUGAAUUUGCAGCCAAGCAUGCUAAAGAUUCAAGAUUCAAAGCAAUUGAAAAGAUGAAAGAUCGAGAAGCCUUGUUUAAUGAAUUUGUGGCAGCUGCAAGGAAGAAAGAGAAAGAAGAUUCGAAGACCAGAGGUGAGAAGAUAAAAUCAGAUUUCUUUGAACUAUUAUCUAAUCAUCACUUGGACAGUCAGUCUCGAUGGAGCAAAGUAAAAGACAAAGUAGAAAGUGAUCCACGUUACAAAGCAGUGGAUAGUUCAUCAAUGAGAGAAGACCUUUUCAAACAGUACAUUGAAAAAAUAGCCAAGAAUUUAGACUCAGAAAAAGAAAAGGAGCUUGAAAGGCAAGCCCGCAUUGAGGCAAGCCUUCGAGAACGAGAAAGAGAGGUGCAGAAGGCUCGUUCAGAACAAACAAAAGAAAUAGAUCGAGAGAGAGAACAGCACAAACGAGAAGAAGCUAUCCAGAAUUUCAAGGCUCUUCUGUCUGAUAUGGUACGUUCUUCAGAUGUGUCCUGGUCUGAUACUCGGAGGACUCUUCGGAAAGAUCACCGCUGGGAAUCUGGAUCCUUGUUGGAAAGAGAGGAGAAAGAGAAGCUUUUUAAUGAACACAUUGAAGCACUUACCAAAAAGAAGAGGGAGCACUUUAGGCAACUUUUGGAUGAAACUUCUGCAAUUACCUUAACAUCCACGUGGAAAGAAGUAAAAAAAAUCAUUAAGGAAGAUCCUCGGUGCAUUAAGUUCUCCUCCAGUGACAGGAAAAAACAAAGAGAGUUUGAAGAAUACAUCAGAGACAAAUACAUCACAGCCAAAGCUGACUUCAGGACGCUUUUGAAAGAGACCAAAUUUAUAACAUAUAGAUCCAAAAAGCUAAUCCAGGAAUCUGAUCAGCACCUGAAAGAUGUAGAAAAAAUUUUGCAGAAUGACAAACGGUAUCUAGUACUAGACUGUGUGCCAGAGGAGAGGCGCAAACUGAUUGUGGCAUAUGUGGAUGACCUGGAUCGCCGGGGUCCACCCCCACCUCCCACAGCAUCAGAGCCCACAAGACGAUCAACAAAAUAAUUCUGAAUACUCUUCCACAGGGGUGUCUGUUAAUUCAAAACGCUUGCAUGAGCCAAUUUUCAGGUUUUUACAUGUAUGUGCAUUAGUCAAACUAUUGCAAAACCAUCUGAUGAACAGAAGGAGAAGCAUCCGUGAACAGUUUCUGAACAGAGAACACUUUGGAAAUAUUUAUGCUUUUCUUUGUGUGGCAUGACUGACUUGCAUACUCAAAUAUAGGCUGUCUCUAGUAAAUCUAAAAUCUUGAAGCUAAAAAAUUAUCCUUUUAUGAGGUGUGGAAGUCAGUGACUUUUGGUGACGUUCUUUCUAGCAGUGUUACAAUACAUGCAAGACGUAAGAGCAUUUGUGGUUUGAACUUGCAAGAUGCAGAUACCACAGACUCCAGAAAAACCUAAGUUGGGGUUUGUUUUGUUUUGAUUUUGUUUUUUAAAGCGGGUAAAAGACAAAACACUGAAAAUUGAAUUCUUAUCUUCCAGAGGCUAAGAUUAUUAUAAUGGACAUACUUUUACCUUUGUCUCUAAAGAACACUUUAGUUUUAUUUGUUCACUUAUGUGCUUUGAUUAUCCCCUUUGAAUUAUAGGCCAAGUCUUGUUGUUUAGCCUAAGAGAAGAUUUAUUUAGUAAUUUCUUCUCAGGUAUGGAACCACGGUCGUAACUAACAUGUUGACCAGACUAGGACUGCUGGUUAAAAACAUUUUAUUCACCAUUAAGUGAUCUUUAUCAAUAUUCUGGAUUAGACAACAAAUUACCUUUCUUGGGUGUUCCCUGUAAACUGUACUCCUAUUUGAAUGUUAAAUUUUUGUUUCUAAAGUUUAAUUUUAAGAUGUUUGAAUGUUCAGUUUAUGUAUUUGAACUACAAUAAA